AGGUCUCUGAUAAUCAUUACAGAGAUAAACUCAACGCUAUAUUGUUUUGUGUGCCGGUAGUAACUUUAUCAAGAAAAUCCGUUUACAAAUGGAGGAGCCGAUAGUAUCGACUCAAGAAGGACAACUGAUAGGUUCUAUUAAAAGUGCUUUCAAUGAUGAAUCUUUCUUCAGUUUUCAAGGAAUACCAUACGCAAAGCCACCACUUGGCGAAUUGCGAUUCAAGGCUCCACUACCUCCAGACCAAUGGGAUGGUAUACGAGAUGCUACGAGAGAGGGUGAUGAAUGUUACGCAAAGAAUCUUGUCAGCAUAUACACCGGAUCAGAAAAUUGUUUAUGCCUGAAUGUAUUCACCAAAGAGAUUUGUAGUAGAAGCCUGCGACCAGUUAUGUUAUGGAUACAUGGUGGUGGAUUUACUUCAGGUUCCAGCCGGUCAGAAAUAUACGAUCCAAGUUUCCUCAUGACAGAAGAUAUAGUUUUAGUUACACUAAAUUACAGGAUAGGACCACUUGGAUUUUUACACCUACAAGACUCUUCGCUUGGUGUACCAGGGAAUGCAGGUUUGAAAGAUAUUGUCAUGGCACUGCAAUGGGUGAGAAGAAACAUAUCUCAAUUCUCCGGAGAUCCAAAUAAUGUAACAAUUUUUGGAGAGAGUGCAGGUGGAGCUGCAGUCCACCUCCUUAUGUUAUCCCCAAUGGCGAGAGGCCUCUUCCACAAAGCAAUUGCUCAAAGUGGUUGUGCAACGAAUCAUUGGGCCACAUGUAGAAGCGAUGGUGUCAGACAUUUAGCAGAAGCCUUGGGAAUUUAUACUAACGAUGACAGAGUAUUACUGAAACAUUUGCAAGAAAUGUCAGUGGAAGAAUUGAUCGGUGGUAUGGAAAGAGUACCAGAUCCAUUUCUUGUGGGAAAAUUUCGUCCGUUUGGACCAAUAAUUGAGAAGAAGUCAACCUACGAGCCAGGUUUCUUGACAGAGAAUCCAGUGGAUAUAAUUAAAUCUGGAAACUUCAAUCAAGUCCCAUUCAUCACAGGAUGCGUGGAAAAAGAAGGAAUGUUCGUAUAUUCACUGUGUACGACUGGGAAGAAAAACACUCUCCUAGUAGAUGAGUCACUAGUACCAAAUUCCCUAAAUCUCCGAAUAGGAAGCGAACAGUAUAAUAAAGCUGUAGAUAAAAUAAAAAAGUUUUAUUUUAGUGGCAAUGAAGAUCCAUCCAAUGAUCUUGACAGCAUCUUGAAGGUGUACGGUCACAACUUCUUCCUUUAUGAGAUAUAUAAAACUGCACAACAUCAUUUGGAAUCCAGUAAUACCCCAAUAUACUUCUACUUAUUUGCUGUGGAUACUGAAUUGAACUUCAUGAAGUCCGUUCUUGGUGUUGAAGGAGAAGGUGUAUGUCAUGCUGAUGAUAUAGCAUACCUAUUCAAAAAUAUGCUUACUCCUGAGGAAUUGGAGCCAAAUGGUCCAGAAGUCAUUGGUAUUCACAGGAUGGUCAAAAUGUGGACAAAUUUCGCGAAGUAUAGCAAUCCUACUCCAAAUAACAACGAUCCUUUGAUACCAGUUACUUGGCAACCAAUCAAUAAAUCAUGCUUCAAUGUCCUGCGUAUCGGCACAGAUGAUCUCCAAUUGCUCAAUAAACAUCCAGAUGUUGAGGGAAUGGAUUUCUGGGAUGAAAUGUAUCAAAAAUAUGCCCUAUCGUCCAAAUUGUGAAUCAGAACAGGAGAAUCAUAGCAAACUGCAUCAUCAAAAUUAUUGAUACAGACGUGAUAUAAGUUACAUUUGACCACCUGAGAUGUAUCAAUUUGGUCAGUAUUGUUCACUAUCAUAGAACUGUACCUUUUUUGUACUCAAUAUAAUAUCAUUAAUCGCAUU